UGUGAAGGGAGGAGUCAACGACACGUGGAGCUCCCCACUGCUGUUCACAGCCUGUCUGUGAUGAAGAGAUAAUAAAAUGGUCAUAGAAGAUUUUAUAGAAGAUUCUACCAGGAACAGACAUUUUACAUCACAAGCUUAAAAUAAAUGGGAGCUGAACAUGCUGCUACAUAAGUGCUCAAAAAUCCCAACACAGAGAUUCCAGUUUCUCUCCAAACAUCUGAAACAAGAGUACAAUAAUUUAGUCCAUGCCAGCUCCUUUGCACAUCGCAGUGAACUACGUAAGGCAAAAAGGAUUGUAGUUAAAUUGGGAAGUGCUGUGGUAACUCGUGGAGAUGAAUGUGGUCUGGCUCUGGGGCGGCUGGCUUCUAUUGUGGAGCAGGUGGCUAUGCUUCAGAAUCAAGGCAGGGAGAUGAUGAUUGUAACCAGCGGUGCUGUGGCCUUUGGAAAACAGAGGUUAAGACAUGAGAUCCUGUUGUCCCAAAGUGUCCGACAGGCGCUGCAUUCUGGAAAUAGUCAACAUAAAGAGAUGUCUGUUCCAGUGCUUGACGCCCGUGCCUGUGCUGCAGCUGGACAGAGUGGCCUGAUGGCCCUGUAUGAAGCCAUGUUCACUCAGUACAGCAUCUGCACUGCACAGGUCCUGGUGACAAAUCUGGACUUUCAGAAUGAUAAGAAGAGGCAGAACCUGAACAGCACAGUGCAGGAGUUACUCUGCAUGAACAUUGUGCCCAUUAUCAACACAAAUGAUGCAGUGGUAGCUCCUCCAGAACCCAACAGUGACCUGCAGGGGGUCAUCAGCAUAAAGGACAAUGACAGUCUGGCAGCACGGCUGGCUGUGGAAAUGAAGGCUGACCUGCUCAUAGCGCUGUCUGAUGUUGAAGGUCUGCACAGCAGCCCACCUGGAACAGACGAUGCCAAACUUAUUGACAUCUUCUACCUUGGAGACCAGCAGUCCAUCACCUACGGGACCAAGUCUAGAGUUGGGAUUGGGGGCAUGGAAGCUAAGGUCAAGGCAGCACUUUGGGCAUUAGAAGGAGGUACCUCAGUCAUCAUUGCAAAUGGCACGAACCCCAAAGUAACCGGCCAAGUCAUCACUGACAUAGUGGAGGGGAAGAAAGUGGGAACCUUCUUCUCCGAGAUCAAACCUGCUGGUCCAUCUGUUGAGGAGCAAACAAUAAUGGCCAGGAACUCAGGAAGAAUUCUGGCUUCUCUUAAACCAGCCCAGAGAAGUGAGAUCGUCUUCCAUCUAGCAGAGCUGCUGACUAAAAGGAAAGAUGAAAUUCUCGCUGCAAACAAGCUGGAUAUGGAGAAUGCUGUUAGGGCAGGACAUUUGCCUUCAGCCAUGCUAAAGCGUCUCAGCCUGUCAUCGUCCAAGCUGAACAGUUUGGCCAAAGGUAUGCAUCAGAUCGCUGUGGCAGCACAGGAUCAAGUUGGACGUGUGGUACGAAGGACCAGGGUGGCUCAGAGUUUAGAGCUGGAGCAGGUCACAGUUCCAAUUGGUGUUCUGCUGGUCAUUUUCGAAGCUUGGCCUGACUGCCUGCCACAGGUGUCCUCACUGGCAAUAGCCAGUGGAAACGCUCUUCUGCUGAAGGGAGGGAAAGAAGCUGCCAACACUAACCAUGUCCUGCACCAGCUCACACAAGAAGCACUUUCUCUACAAGGGGUCAGAAAGGCAGUGCAAAUGGUGAAUACUCAUGAGGAAGUGGAAGAUCUUUGCAGAUUGGACAAGAUGAUUGAUUUGAUCAUCCCCAGAGGUUCGUCACAGCUGGUGCAGGACAUUCAGCGAGCAGCCAAUGGUAUCCCUGUCCUGGGCCACAGUGAAGGAAUCUGCCACAUCUAUGUUGACAGCGACGCAAGUGUUGAUAAAGUCAUAAAAAUUGUAAGAGACUCCAAGUGUGACUACCCGGCUGCAUGUAAUGCUAUGGAAACUCUGCUAAUUCACCGAGACAUCCUUAGGACUCCCAUGUUUGACCAGAUCAUUGAAAUGUUGCGCAGUGAAAGGGUGAAGAUCCAUUCAGGCCCACGUUUGGCUUCCUUCAUGACAUUUUGUCCAUCAGUAGCCAGAUCUCUGCGUAAAGAGUAUGGUGACCUGGAGUGCUGUUUGGAGGUGGUGGACAGUGUGCUGGAGGCUGUGGAGCAUAUACACAAGUAUGGAAGCUCCCACACUGAUGUUAUUAUCACAGAAAACAAGGAGACAGCUGAGCAGUUUCUGCAGCAGCUGGACAGCGCAUGUGUUUUUUGGAACACCAGUUCACGCUUUGCUGAUGGAUAUCGGUUUGGACUCGGAGCUGAGGUUGGGAUUAGCACAGCCCAUAUUCAUGCCCGGGGCCCUGUGGGCCUUGAGGGACUGCUCACCACCAAGUGGAUCCUGAGAGGUGAUGGUCAUACGGUGGCGGAUUUCUCUGAGAGCGGCAGCAUGGAGUACCUCCACGAGAACCUCCCUGUUUGAGCAGAAAUGAUCUGGACACAGAGACAGUGACUAGGACUGCAUUCAUUUUGGAUUCAUUAUUGUGCCCACUCUCAAAAGCUCGGAUUUAUAUUUAAUAGUCAGUAACACCACAACUAUAAGACAGAUCUGUCUGUUUAUUACUGUCUCACUCAAUAACUAAUUUUAUUUUUUCCCUGCCAUUCCCUUUUGACAUAUGAACUGGUUAAAUAACCAAAAACAUUUUACAGCUAUAUAUUUUUUAAGAAAUUAAAAAAAAAUAUAUACCUACAGUUAAUUUUUGUAUAGUCUGUAUGAAAAAAAACAUAUUUUUUUUCUCAUAUGGUGUCAUGGGUUUGGCAAAAGUAUUUCUAUUUGCUGAAUGAUGCAGAAAUGUUGACCUCAACGACUUUGGUUCAUUCUUAUUUAAACUCUCCAGAUAGUUCCACAUUCAUAUGUUUGAAUAACUCUA